AUGUCAUCAAAUGCAGUCUUAGUAGCUGCAGACAAAGUUCCAUUUGAAGAACUUUGUACUCUUUUUGAUAGUCUCAAGAUAAAAAAGAAGAAUGAGAAAUUCUUUUUGUUGACAAACUACAUAGACGAUUUUAGGUUACAAGUAGCUCAAAUCACAGAAGAAAAGGAUUCCAGUUUUUAUCCUAUAUUGAGAUUGCUAUUACCUGCAUUAGAAAGGGACAGAAAUCCGUAUAAUAUAAAGGAAGCAAGACUCGGUAAUAUAUUAGUAAGAGCGCUGGAUUGGAACAGAAAAUCACAGGAUUCUCAAAAACUAUUAAAUCCCCAUUCGAACAAAAUCCACCAUAAAGACUAUGUGAGUGUGGUAUGCGACGUUUUAAAAACUAGAGUCAGCGAAACAUCGUCUUUAACAAUAGGGGACAUAAACGAAAUACUUGAUAAUAUUGCUAAUGCGGAGAGCGAGAAAGCACCAACACUGGAAGAUAUAUUCGGUUCUGUAUUAAAGAAAAUAAACGUAAAGCAAUUAAGAUGGUUUCUAAGGAUCAUUUUAAAAGAUUUAAAGCUGAAUAUGGGCGCACCCUCGAUUCUUGCUGCAUUCCACCCUGAUGCUGAAAUAUACUACAACAAUUGUAGAGAUCUAAAGAAGGUUUGCAAAAAUUUCGACAGUGGUAAUACUCGACCAUCAGAGAUGGGCGUGAGCAUAUUCAGCGCUAUAAGCCCGAUGCUUCUACAGCCACUGUUCAUAACGAAGCUUUCCGAUCUGUCGACUGCAAAGAGCUAUGUGGUAGAAGAGAAAUUCGAUGGGGAAAGAUUCCAGAUACACAUGGCGGACGGCGUAUUCGAAUACUAUUCUAGGAACGGCAAACCGUACUCUCACAAUUACGGGAAGACGUACGAGUCGGGAACAUUGACGCCGUCGUUAAAGGGUUGUUUCUCAUCGGAAAUCACAAGCUUCAUACUGGACGGAGAGAUGGUGGGCUGGCACAAGACACAAGAUAAACCAUCGUCAAAAGGAAUGAGAUUGGACGUGAAGGAAUUAAAGGAUCAUUCGGAAUACAAGCCGUGCUUCUUCGCUUUCGAUUUGCUGUAUCAUAACGGACAAUCGUUAGUUGGACCACCGGAGAAAGGCGGAUUGCCCCUAAUUAUGCGUCUAGAAACGUUAGACACGAUGUUUGAAGAUGUGCGAGGUGUUAUAUACCGCAGUGAGAGGAAAUUGGCGCGGGAAAUCUCAGAUAUAGAGGAGGCAUUCAAUAAAUCUAUCGACGACGCAAAAGAGGGUAUAACGGUUAAGGAUACCGAAUCGUAUUACAUGGCGAAUCGAAGAAACGCAGGAUGGUACAAAAUAAAGGCAGAGUACACCGAAGGCACUAUAGAAGAUCUCGAUUUGGUCAUCAUUGGAAGAACUCUGAGACAUCCCAGCCAGUACUACGUCGCUUGCGUUGAUAAUACAACGCCGGGCGGCCGGUGGCUGUGCGUUGCGAAGGUGGGCGGGCUGGACGGAGAGCGGCGCGCUGCGCUCCGGGGCCGGCUGCAGCCACACUGGCGGCCCGUGGCCGAGCAGCCGCCGCCGCCGUCGCUCCAUUUCAACAAGAAGUGCGUCGACUACUGGCUGCCGCCCGAGAGCUCCGUCGUCCUGCAGGUUCGCGCUUCCGAGCUGGUGAAACGUGAGACAUACGGCACAGGUUACACCCUCCGUUUCCAACGCAUCAUCGAAGUACGCUACGACAAGCCCGUGAAGGACGCCAUGACGUUGCAGGAGUUCGAACAAAUGGUUUCGUCCAACGCGGAAGUGGUCAAGUUGGGCAAGAAGGUGAACCCUGCCCCGGUGGAGAGCGCGGCGAUGGUGCCGCGCAAGCGGCCGCUCAAGGGGCCGCUGCGGGUGGCCGAGCAGUUUCGCGCGGUGGCCGCCGGCGGCGUGGCGGCCACAUCGCGCGCGCUGCUCGGCAGGAAGCUCUGCGUGGUCUCGGACGACGCGGACUGCGACAAGGCCCAGUUGGUGAGGAUCAUCGAGUCCCACGGCGGCAGACACGAGGAGAACUACGGCGUGGACACGUGGUGCUGCGUGGCGGGCCGAUUGUCGUUCCACGUUCGGAAGCUGAUCGAAUCGAACGCGUGGGACAUAGUCAGCACGUCCUGGCUGAGGGGACUCCCCGAAGCGGACAAGCCUUGCACGCUCUCCCCGCUGGACAUGCUUUCGAUCAAACGGGUGACCAGGCUGAGACUGAGCUUCGACUACGACUGCUUCGGCGACAGCUACAAGGAGCCGCUGGACGUGGACACCCUGAAGAGGUGCUUCGAGAAAAUGGACAGCGAUGAACCUAAGGUGUAUUUAACAACGCAUGAGAAAAUAAAAGUCGACAAUGACCUAUUCGAGUCGCACAAUCCGAUGUCUUUUCUGCGUUCCUGCUUCUUGGCGAUUCCUAAUAGUGACAGCAUUUACUCGUUACGGGCUCGAAUGUACGGAGCGACUUUGUGCGAUUUGGAUUCCGGGAAUGUGACGCAUGUCGUCUUGUCCAAGAUGGCGUCUCCCCUAGAAAAAAUGGCGGCAAAGAGAACCAACGCCGCAUUGGUCACUGAAGAGUGGUUGGACGCAUGCUUUGCCGCUGCUAAAUUGGUUCCGGAGACCUUAUUUAUUUUA